AUGGAUAACAACGAUCAAAAACGACCUCAAGAUAACCCCGAGCAAGACACGGAAGAAAACCAAAGCGAUCAACAACCCUCAGAAGAACAACAAUCCGAUGUCGACCAGGGUCAACAGCCAGAGCCAGCACCAGAGCCCCAACCACAGCGAAACCGUCGCCGACGACCACGCUUCCAAGAGCCCGAACCUGAAGAUAUUCCCCGGGACGAUUUCGAGCCAGCCGGAGGGCGCAGACGACGCCGACCCAGACAAUCAAGCGGCGCCCUAUCUAACAUGAACAACCAAGUAGGCAAUGCCGUUGGAGGCUCUCAGGAUCUCGUCCAGAAUACCGCUGGCCAAGCGGCGGACGCUGUGGGCAACACUGCCGGCAAAGCCGUUGGCGCUGUCAGCGGCGGAGGAGGGAAGGAGAAAGACGAGCAACUUCGGUUGCGUCUGGAUUUGAAUCUCGAUAUCGAGGUUCAGCUCAAGGCGAAGAUUCACGGUGAUCUUACGCUGGGGCUGCUGUACGUAUAUUCUUCAUUGCCGCCCCCUGGCUCACCCCUUUUGUUGAACUUUUGGUUGUAUACCAUCUCCUGA